GUUAUCAUGCUAAACUUAUCACAGACCUUAAUAAAGUUAUCAACGAGAGAAGACUCCCUUUUAAAAGUGAUUGGACGACAAAAUCAUGGCCAUGGAUGAACUCUCCAUUCUUCUUACAAUGUGAUCCAAAAAGUACCAAACUCCAACAUUGCCUUUUGAGCCACGUCAUUGCACAUGCUCUUGAUUAAAGGUUUCGAUGACAGACAGCUUGUUAGAGAGAGAGAGAGAGCGUUUUCAGUUAUAAGCAGCCAAACUUCUUCCUCAUCGCCUUCCAUUUUCACUCAUAGACAGAACCAGUAACCACAAAGAGGAAAGUAGAACUGUUCAGCCUCUUCGCUAAACCCGCCAUUGCCGUGAUCUGCUCUCACUCUAAAUUUGGCUGCGAGAUCACGGAAACUUUGUAAUCUCCGCCUUGCUAGUGAGAAAUGGUGGAGAGAUAAUGCUUCAAUCAGAAAACUAGGAGUGGCUCAAGGGCAGGUACUUUGCUAGGGACUAGGAAUAAAUUCAUUGCUUGAAGUUAUGUCAAGAAUGGGUCUGCAGAAAUUUCAGGACGAUUAGAGUUAUCUAAAAUGAGCUGGAACUCAAACAUCGAGGUUCAUUGCAUGAAUAACGGUUAUCCUUACAGUACGGCUUCUUUUAUGGAAUACUUUGAAGGUUUAACGUACGAUCAUGUGAAUUUCAUUUUUUCCGGUGCCUCACAUUCUCAGGAGACUAUUUAUCCAUUAACUAAUUCAAGUUACUACAAGUUUGGGCAUUCUGAUUCUUGGAGCACUUCACACUUUGAUGCUCAAUCAUUUGAGAUUCAAGGGCAUGAAUCCACUAUUGAUGAACACAGGAGGCUGCUCUCGACAGCCCCAAAUGAACAGAGUUUAGGAAAUAGAGUGUGGGAAGAAAAUGCCAAUCCUAAUAUGUCCAGUAACAACAUGGAAUGCCCUCGGAGGCAUUCAAAUUAUCAUGAGUAUCAGACUAUUUGGCAAGAUAUUGUUGAUCCUGAUAACAUGACUUACGAGGAAUUAGUAGAUUUAGGCGAGACAGUAGGAACUCAAAGUAGAGGCCUCUCGCAAGAACUGAUUUCAUUGCUUCCAGUAUCGAAGUAUAAAUGUGGAUUUUUCUUAAGGAAUAAAUCACGAAAUGAAAGGUGUGUGAUAUGCCAAAUGGAAUACAAACGUGGAGAUCAAAGAAUUACUCUACCGUGCAAACAUAGGUACCAUACCAGUUGCGGGACCAAAUGGCUUAGUAUCAACAAGGCAUGCCCCAUUUGCUACACUGAGGUUUUUGGUGACAGUUCAAAACGAUAAAAGAAAGGCUAUGAUUGCCAUGAGAAAGGGAACCCUUAAAAAGGUUUGGAGUCUUCCAUUUUGCAGAUACUUAUUCCAUUUCAUUUCUCAUUUUGUACUUUGUACAAUCAUACAACGUUAGAAAAAUGGGAGAAGUACUUGAUUUCCAUACAGAGGAUGAAGAGCAGAGAGUAGAAUUUGAUUGAUUUCAAGAUCGAUUUGUUAUUUCUUUUUGUCAA